CAGAGAGAAAGAAGAACCUGAGCUGGUCAAAAGGAUGGUCUAACCAGUCAAAUGGAGGAGAGCCCCUAUCUGGGGGAGGAGGGCCCAAUCUUGUCAGGGAGGAGGAACACAGGGCCACUGAGAGGCCCCUGCAGGACUUGUUUCACUUGUGGUGGUUUUUUGCACUUCCCGUUCCCUUGCUCACUGCGGAAGUUCCUCUUCUUACCCAGUACCCAGAGCCUAGCCGGAGAGGACAAGGGCAGAAGCCACCAUGAGUGGGGUCCCUAUGGGAGGCAGGCCCGGGGGCCGAGGAGGAUCAGCAGUUCAACAGAACAUACCCUCCACCCUCCUCCAGGACCACGAGAACCACAGACUCUUUGAGAUGCUCGGACGAAAAUGCUUGACGCUGGCCACUGCAGUUGUUCAGCUGUACCUGGCGCUGCCCCCUGGAGCUGAGCACUGGACCAAGGAGCACUGUGGGGCUGUGUGCUUUGUGAAGGACAAUCCCCAGAAGUCCUACUUCAUCCGCCUUUACAGCCUUCAGGCUGGCCGGCUGCUCUGGGAACAGGAGCUAUACUCACAGCUGGUCUAUUCCACUCCUACCCCCUUCUUCCACACCUUCACUGGAGAUGACUGCCAAGCGGGGCUCAACUUUGCAGACGAGGGUGAGGCCCAGGCCUUCCAGGCCCUGGUACAAGAGAAGAUACAAAAAAGGAAUCAGAGGCAAAGUGGAGACAGACGCCAGCUACUCCCACCACCAGCACCCGCCAAUGAAGAGAGAAGAGGGGGCCUCCCACCCCUGCCCCCACACCCAGGUGGAGACCAAGGGGGCCCAUCAGCUGGCCCUCUGUCUCUGGGGCUGGUGACAGUGGACAUCCAGAACCCUGAUAUCACGAGUUCACGAUACCGUGGGCUCCCAGCACCUGGACCUGGCCCCACUGAUAAGAAGCGCUCAGGAAGAAAGAAGAUCAGCAAGGCUGAUAUUGGUGCACCCAGUGGAUUCAAACAUGUCAGCCACGUGGGGUGGGACCCCCAGAAUGGAUUUGACGUGAACAACCUAGACCCGGAUCUGCGGAGCCUAUUCUCCAGGGCGGGAAUCAGUGAGGCCCAGCUCACAGAUGCUGAGACCUCCAAACUCAUCUAUGACUUCAUUGAGGACCAGGGUGGGCUGGAAGCUGUGCGGCAGGAGAUGAGGCGCCAAGAGCCACUUCCACCGCCCCCACCACCAUCCCGAGGAGGAAACCAGCGCCCCCGGCCCCCUAUUGUGGGAGUUAACAAGGGUCGUUCUGGUCCACUGCCCCCUGUGCCUUUGGGGGGUGCCCCCCCACCACCAAUGCCCCGGGGACCCCCACCCCCAGGCCGAGGGGGCCCUCCACCACCACCUCCUCCAGCCACUGGACGUUCUGGACCACCUCCCCCUCCACCCCCUGGAGCUGGGGGGCCACCCAUACCACCGCCACCACCACCACCACCGCCACCACCCAGCUCCAGGGAUGGGCCAGUCCCACCCCUUCCCACUCCUAUUUCAGCACCUGGGGGGGGCCUGGCCCCUGGUGGGGGUCGGGGGGCACUUUUGGAUCAAAUCCGGCAGGGAAUUCAGCUGAACAAGACCCCUGGGGCCCCAGAGAGCUCAGCACUGCAGCCACCACCUCAGAGCUCAGAGGGGCUGGUGGGGGCCCUGAUGCACGUGAUGCAGAAGAGAAGCAGAGCCAUCCACUCCUCCGACGAAGGAGAGGACAAGGCCGGUGAUGAGGAUGAGGAUGAUGAAUGGGAUGACUGAGUCAGCCACAGACCCCGCGCUCCUCCCCGCAGGCCAAUGGCUCCCUCUCCACCUGCUCUGUGCCCACCCUGCCAUCCCAGCCCUCCAGUCCCUACUUCCAGGCCCCCAAGCCCUAUUUCUUCCCCACCAACCCCUCCAAUGCUGUUAUCCCUGCCUGGCCCCCACACUCAUCCCAGCAAUACCCUGGGCCCCUUUUAUACGAAAUUUCUCAGGAUUUUUAAACAAAAAUAAAAUAAUUGUCUUUUUUGGCUCUCUAAA